AUGAGGAAGGCCGCGGGCAGCUCCCUCCCCACGGGAAAUGCUGGAAACGCGCGGAGUGCGGGGAAUGCCAGGAAAGCGGGGAAAACGGGGAAGGAGGGUACUCGGUCUGGGGGUGAGAGCGCGGGAGGGAUGCGGAGGACAAACAGAGGCGGGGCGCGGGGCGGCAAUUCUGUGGGGGGAAAUGGCGCGACGGGGGGAAUUGGGAAGAAGCGGAAGCGCGGGGGGAAACUGCAGAUGGGGGCAGCGCGGAAGGCGGGCGGAGGGCGGGCGGGCAGCGCAGUGGGCGCGCGCAGGGGGGGCGUAAAGGGCGCGCAAGGAGGGAGCGGUGGGGGGAAGGGCGCGCUGGGGCAGGGAGUGGGCGGGGGAGGAACAAGGCGGGAGGCGGAAACGGGAAAGGGGAAGGUGGAGAAAGGUGGCGUGAUCGGGGGAGAAGAAGGGGAAAGGGUAGCAGAGGGGAGGGGGGAAGGUGUGGGGACGGCGGGGAAAGAGGACGAGGGGGACUUGAGGGGUGAAAUGGGAGAGGGGGAGGCGAAGGCGGCUGGGAAGAGAGGAAAACUGGCGGAAACGGAGUCAGAUGAGGCACAAGAGGGAGAGGCAGGCAAGGAUCGGCCGGGAGUGGGGGAAGAAGAGGAGCGGGAGGAGGAGGAAGCGAAAGAAGAGGGCGAAGAAGGGGAUAGAGAGGAGGGAGGAAGGGUGGUGGUGAUGAGUGACGUGAGUGGGGAGGAGGGCAGCAGCAGGGGCGAGGGCAGCGGCAGCGGGUCGUUGGGUUUAGACUCGGGAUCAGAUGGGGGGGAGGAGCGGUCGGAUGAUGGCAGUGACGCUGUGGGGAUGGGGGAGGAGAGUGGUGCGAGAGAGAGUGAGAGUGGGGGGAGUGAGAGCGAUAGUGAAGAGAGUGACAGUGAAGGGAGUGAGAUUGAGGGGGGCGAGAGUGAGGAUGGGGAGGAAAUGAAGGAGGGAGAGGAGAGGGGUGGCAGCAAGGAAGGCGAGGGUCAAGAGGCGGAUGGGGCGGGGGUGGGCGCGGCAGGAAAGGAAUGGUUCCGCCACGUGAUGGCGGACGUGGGGGAAGAGGCGGAGGGGGAGGCGGAGGGCCAGGGGGGCGCGGAGGGGGGUGGCGCAGGCACCAAGACAGUGCUGAAUGCGGGGGCAGCGACGGCGAAGGCGAGGAAACGAGCUCUGAAGGCUGAGCAUAAAAAGCGAGAGGAGAAGGUGGGGCAGGCCAAGGCAGACAAGCUGAGAGCGAGAACUCAACGGGCGGAGGAGAGGCGGCGGCGGGCGGAGAAAGAGCGGUUUGAGGCGGAACAGAGGGAUGCAAAGCGGCGGAGAGUGGUGCGGGAGCAGGAGGCGGCGCAGGAGAGGCGCGAGGAGAAGCAGGAGCGGCGCGUGCAGGGCAUGCAGAAGGCUCUUCUGAAGCUGUUCAAGAAGAUGGCCGCUGGUGGCGGGGGAGGGGGCGGUGUGGGGAGAGGGGGCGGUGGGGAGAAGGGUAGUGGGGGCCCGGAGUGGGAGGUGGUGAGUCGCGUGCAUGCCAUGGCGCAUGGCAUUGUGGAUGGCAGCCUGGAGAAGGUGGUGCUAGGGGAGGGCGGCACCAAGGGCACGGGCACGCAGAGGCUGCCGCUGCAAGCCAGGAUUCAAGUGAACGACACCGCUCGCUCCGCCACGGCCAUUCUCUUCCCUGACGAGGCGGUGGUGGUGGAGGGGCACAUGCACGUCACUCUGCUGCACGGCGCUGCCUCUCUGCACGGCUUCGCGCUCCCCCUGCACCGCCCCACCGCGCUCUCUGCUGACGCCACCCUCUCCUCCUCCCUGGGGUUGGGUGCGGUGGGAGAGGGUGCUGUGGGGGGUGGUGAGGUGGAGCGAGGGAAGGAUGGGAGUAAGGAAAAGAAGGGGGAGGCAGUGCCAGUGGGGGCGGAAAAAGGGGGUGCGGAUGUGACGGUGGCGACAGAGGCGGCCAAGGAUUGGAGAGUCACGGCCAACUUCACGUUCCGACUGCUGGUGAGCGGGAAGGGGGGAUGCCUGAGGUGGCUGAAAACCACGUCAGAUGGCCUUCCUGUGCUGCCAGCACACUUACAGUACACCCGUUGCCCGUCCUCUGCCUCUCCAACCGCCCCCCUCAUGCCCCCCCACUCCCCAGGAGCCGAGUGCACCGCUGCUGAAGCUGAGAGAUGUGCGGCGGCUGAGGAAACUGCAACAGACGGCCUUUCUGAGCCGAGCACACCGGUGCUGAGGCCGAGAGAUGUGGAGCGGCUGAGAGAACCACCGCAGGUAGCCGUAAUCUCUGCAGGCUGCACAUGCACUGUGCGCUCACAUCUUCCUCUCCACACCUUCUCGCCCCUCCCCCAUCCCACCUUUCUCUCCCCCCCACUCCCCCAGGAGCCGAGCACGCCCCUGCUGAGGCUGAGAGAUGUGGGGCGGCUGAGAAAACCGCUACAGGCGGCCUUUCUGUGCGGCCUGCACACUCACAGAGUGGCCCCCCGGGGGCAUGGGCAGGGCGGGCAGGGGCUGGUGGGGGCUGGGGGCGGGGGGAGAGCCAGGGGGAAAAAAGGGGGGAAGCGGUAUGAGGGGGACCGUGGGGCUUGGGAGGCGUUCUCGUGGACCCCGCCCAAGGGGAAGAAAGGGGGCGGGGGAGGGGGAGGGGGAGGGGAAGGGGGAGGGGGAGGAGGGGGAGGGGGAGGGGGAGGGGAAGGGGAAGGGGGAGGCGGAGAUGGAGUAGGGCAGCAGGCGGCAGGGCCAUGGAGGCAGGAGGGGCGGGUGCUGACGAACUCAGAGAUGAAGGGGUGGGAGGCGGUGCGGUGCGAUGUGGUGAGCCGCGAGUGGGAGGAGGCGGGGCGCUCUGUGGUGGGCGGGAGGAAGCGCAGCAAGAGGCGGGCGCGGGGGGAGAUGCGGGCGCCCAUUGUGAUGGUGGUGGGGGGCGUGAACACUGGCAAGUCUACGUUUGCAAAGUUUCUAGUCAACCACAUGCUGGGCAGGUAUGGUGGUAACCACAUGCUGGGCAGGUAUGGUGGUAACCACAUGCUGGGCAGGUAUGGUGGUAACCACAUGCUGGGCAGGUAUGGUGCUAAAGCACAUGCUGCUCUGCAUGUUGUGCAGCGACUGAUCUCUGCCACGUACCCCUGUGUGGCGUUCCUUGACACGGACGUGGGGCAGCCCGAGUUCACUCCACCCGGCCUCGUCUCGCUGCACCUCCUCUCCCACCCCGUCUUCGGUAGCCCUCCCUCGCCUCCUUACCUGCCCCCUCCGUCUUCCCUGCCCCUUUGCUGCCUUCCCUUUCCAUCACACACUACAGACCACCCAGCUUUGCACCAGCGCACGCCCCUGGCAAGCCACAUGUGCGGGGACAUGACCCAUCCUUGUCCCCCUUACCCGCCCCAUCCUCACUCCACCUCCCUUAAUCCCCACCACACUCUUCGCCGGCCACCAAUGCUCCACCAGCGCACGCCCCUGGCAAGCCACUUGUACAUCAGCCUUCCCUUUUCUCCUUACCUGCCCUGCUUUUCCCCAUCCCCGUGCUCUAUCCACCGCACCCACUACAGGUCACCCGCACUCCAUCAGACAACCCCCCUGGCAAGCCACCUGUAUGGGGGCAUCAGCCCUCCCUGUCCCCAUCACCCCCCGCACUACAGGCCACCCUGCACUCCACCAGAGGACCCCUCCGGCAAGCUACCUCGCACCCCCUGGCAAGCCAUCUGUACGGUGACAUCAACCCUCCUCCCCCCAUUAUCCGCCCCCUCCUCCCCCACACUAACAGGCCACCCAGCGCUGCACCAGCGCACGCCCCUGGCGAGCCACCUGUAUGGCGACAUCAGCCCUGGCAGCGACCCAGCACUGUACCUGCGGCAGCUCUUCUCUCUCUAUGACUGCUUCAGGCAGAACUACUAUGAUGGGCAUGGGGCGGCGGCACUGCCACUGGUGAUCAACACUCAUGGGUGGAUCAAGGGCAUAGGCUACGACGCCCUGGUGGAUCUCAUCCGCUACGUGGCACCCACACACGUCAUCUCGCUGCUCGCCCCCGACGCAGCUGACAACCUGCCUGGCGGCCACUUCUGGCAGCCGGGGGGGUUCGCCCCCGAGGACAUCAACCCCAACAUGACGCCCCUGGGGGGCGUGGGGGGCGGUGGCGAGGGCGCCGGGGGGAUGGCGGGGGAGUGGGAUGGGGAGGGGGAGGGGGGCGAUGUGGGGGGUGCGGGUGGAGGUGCAGGGGGGCAAGCUGGGGGAGGGGUUUGGGGGGGAGGAGGAGGAGAUGGGGAAGGAGAGGGAGUGGAAGCAGCAGCAACAUCAGCAGCAGCAGGGCAGGGGGCAGCAGGACCGACAGGGGCAGCAGCAGCAGGGGCAGUGGUGCGCACGUCAUUAAUCACAAUCACAUCGCUGUCUGCCAGCGCUGGGCCUGGCGUGAGCAACUCCUACCGAGUGGCACACGAGCAUCGCAGCCUGCGGGUGCUAGCAGCCAUCCGCCACGCCCUCUCCCCCUCCCGCCGCCUCGCCCUCUACAAGCUCGCCCGCCACAUUCCCCCCCACCCCGCCCCUCCCACCACCGCCUCUCCCUCUUCCACCGCCCCUCCCUCUUCCACCACCUUUCCCUCUUCCUCCGCCGCUCCCCCUGCUUCCUGCCCUCCCGCACGUCCCUCGCCCGCGCUCCCCGCGCCCAUCUUCCUGUUCCCGUUUGACGAGCGCUGGGAGAUGGCGCGCUGUGCGCGCCUGCUGGCGUGGCGGGCGCCCUUUGAGGUGGACCUGGGGGACCUGCACGUGGGCUGCGCACAUGGGGAGGUGAGGGGAGAAUGGGGUGAGAUUGGAGGUGAGGUGAGGCAAGCUUUGGUGGCAAGCUCAUCAGCUGUCAUCAGGUUCUAUGCUCCAACGCCCCACUGCUUCCAUCGCACACAACCCUUAAUGCCCCAUUUCCUCCCACUUCCUCCCUCCCACUCCCCUCCAUCAACCUCUCCCCCGUCCCCUCCUGCCACCUCCUCCCUGCACCCGUCCUCCGAGCAACAUGCCUCACCACCCUCAACGCCUCAUUCAGCUCCUCCCUUGCCCCUCCACCCUCCUCCCCCCCCUCUUCGCGCCGCCAUUUCCUUUGGUUGUUCCUCGGUUGCACACUCAUCACCCCAAUUUCCCUCCUCCCUUUUCUCUCUCCCCCUCUCUUCCUCCUCGCGCUGUUUCCCCCCACAGCUGUCUCCUGCCAACACGCUCAUCGCCCUCAACGCCGCCAUCGUCGGCCUCUGCUCCUCCUCCCCUCCGCCAAUCCCCUCCCUGCCGCCUCCGCCCUCAAUGCCCGCGGACCCCUCCCCCUCUGCUCAUGGCGUGGUGAGGGGCGUGGACGCCAGCAGGGGAGUGGCACACGUGGUGGCGCCGCUACCUCUCGCCCGCAUGCACCAUGUUGACACACUUCUCAUCUCGCACCUCCACCUGCCCUCACCGCUGCUGCUGUGCAACGACCUGGUGUCGCCGUACCUCUGCUUCCACUCGCUCGCCGACGCCCCUCCCAACUUGCUGUGCUCCCUUACCCCCUACCCCAACCCCCCACCCCCCAUUCGCCCCGCCCCUCUCCCCUCCCCCCCACCCCAGUGCAACGACCUGGUCUCGCCGUACCUCUGCUUCCACUCGCUCGCCGAUGCCACUCUAGGCGCCAAGGAGCUGCCCAUCAGGGAGGUCAAGCGGUGA